AUGGUGAAGGCUUCCGUGACAUCCACUCGUUCACCAUUGUCUAGUGAAACCAACGUCACUUUCGCUUGGUCGGCAGAGGUCGCCUUGGUGCCAUUCACUGUGCUGAUCGUCAGUGAAGAUGGCCGGGUCGCGAUGCUGUUUUGUACGGCAAAACGUUUGGUGAUCAACGUGGUGUCGGAUCCGUUGUCAAUGAACGCCAUCGCCUUCACCACCCCGCUGGGCGUUAGUAUACCAACUGGCGUUACUCCAAGUCGUACUUGUUUUCCCGCCGAUUGA